UGAUAAUAUUUAGAUGAAAUUUACAUAUUCCCGACCUUGGUAUUUUUCUAUAAAUGUUUUUGUUGUAUUUGAGCAAGAAUAAUAUGUCUUCGUAAUAGAACGCAUCUUAGGAGUAGACAAAAUGGCCGGAGUGAAACGUCAACCCGGACCGACCACGGGUUCUCAAAGAUUUAAUGAUCAACGGAAAAUGCGAGGACAAGGCAAGAAGCCACUACCUCCCCCUACACAUAUCGGACAUUUUUUCUUGAUGAUCAUCAUGAAAAUAUGUAAAAAGGUCUUGUUGGCCGACACUGCAGUAAAAAUAGGAGUCUACUUGAUUGGGGUGAUGGCUGGAUCGAUUUUGGCAGAUGUAAUGGCUUUACCGAGAUCUUACUUCUCCGAUUCUCAUAACAUAUUCAACCAACUCUUCGUAAAGUUAGGGUGGGGAUGGACACUGACGUCUCUCUCAUUAUUCACGGGUAUGACCAGCUUUGUCUACACACUUGGUAAAUGGCCACAGGUCAAAUUACACUUCCUUCGACUUGCCAUAGGAACAUUUUGGUGGUACACAGUGACGUCAGUUUUUAAUUACGUGGAAUCUGUUGUUGGAAUAUGUACAGAACCUAUUUAUCCUUCAAGAUUUUCUUGUAACAAGGCUGGACAGUCAUGGCUAGGCUUUGAUAUAUCUGGACACGUGUUUCUUUUGAUUCACAAUCUAUUGACUAUAUCCGAAGAAGUGAAGUUUUUCAAAGAUUGGUCAAAGCUGGAGAUAAUUCUUCAUAAAGAAAAUCUUGCAGACCUGAAAAAUAUAAAGGAGAGUGAUAUACGGACCACAAAGCAGGCAUAUAAGGAACUGACUCCAUAUAUAAAAGUAAAUGUUAUAUUUCUUGCUGCCCUUACAGUGUUGUGGGAAUUCAUGCUCAUAAUCAGCACUGUCUAUCGAUUUCAUACACUUACUCAAAAAGUAUCAGCAGCAUUUAUUGCAGUGGGAUGCUGGUUUAUCAGCUAUAGGAUGAUUAUACGUUCAAAUUGCGGAAUUGUACAAUCUGGAUCUAGUCCUCUAAGAUUCACUAAGUGUGAAUGACAAUGCAUUUCUUCCACGGUUUCUGUAUUUAUCUAGUCAAAUUUAAAGCAUCUACAUAAUAGCCAUGACAGUGUGUCUAUUGCUGUGAGUUAUGUCCUGUUUUCCACCAGCAUCCAGUAUUCUGCAUGGAUAUUUCAGGAUUUCCCAAUUUGAGGUUGAGAUGUAAACAUGAAACAUCUGAACUGAUAUCAUCAUUCAGCAUUUACAUAAAAUUGUGAUUAGACUUUCAUGUCAUGCUGUUUUUGUGUAUCACUUCUCCUUGUUCCUUCGAUAUUUUUUCUUUGCUGAAGCCCAGUAGCCUCCAGAGUAUUCAUUGACUCCCAAAAAAUGUGUUCUGACUCUUGGGGCUAAAGUUGCUUGCAAAUUGGUUAUUACAAGUUAAGGCCAUCAUAGAUUUCUGCCAUGGCCACAAAAAGCCAGAUGUCUGACAUAGUUAAUUUUUGACUUUGCAUUGGCAAUGAUAAAUGUUACCUUAUAAUUACCGUGAGGAAUUGGUUGUCUUGAAGCUGUGAUCAUAAUUGUUUAUGUUGUACCAAUGCAUUUCAAAUUUGCUAUUUUGGGGGUUUUUUUUGUUAGUGAUUUUGCUGACAGUUACCAAAGAAUAAACACCCCAAAUUAAAGCCAAUCACCAGAUUCCAUUCUUGAGUUUGAAUUGAAGUGAUUUGUCUAAAAACUAAGAUCAAGCUGUUAAGUGUUCCUAUAGAUCUUGUACAAGAUUUUUAUAGCAAAGUUCAUGGUUAGUAAACAAUUUAAUAUCAAAAUUUUACUUUUAUUAAAAAAAUCAUUCUACUUUAAUGUGUAUGCAGAAAUUAAGAAACAAGUUACUCUAUCUUGUUGACCUGGUUGGAAACGCGAAUGAAAUGAAAACUUUUAAGUUAGGCAAUUAAUUAGCAUUACCAGUACAAGCAUUGUGUCUAAUUACUCAAGCAUUACCAGUACAAGCAUUGUGUCUAAUUACUCAAAACAUGAAAAUGUGCAGCAAUUUCAAUUUGAGUACCAUACAAACAUGAUUUACGCACAAAUAUUUAGAAAUAUCAUUUUCUCUAAUCAGUAUGCAAUAAUGUAAUAUAACCACUAGAACCACAGUCAGUGAGGUCAUAAAAUGAUGUGUCUGAAGUAUAAGAUCCUAAAAUGACAUCUGUGAAAUGCAAGAUAUAAAAAUGAUGUCUUUGAAAUGCAAUCUUAUUAUAUAGUUACCGUAGUGAAAUAAUGAUGUGUCCCAAUUGUAAUCAUAUACAAGUAAUUUAAGAUGUUUAUAAUUAAUGCUUCCUGCAUGUCAUAAAGGAGUCGACUGUCUGAUAAUGAAUCAGACAUACAGUUGUGUAUAGCAACCCAAGCUAUUGGAGAACUACUGAGGGAUGAUGUUUUACUUGUUUCUAGUGCUUUGUUAUGACUAGUCAGAUUUUAACCUGUUACCAAGGUAGUGUUAAUGUAUAGAUCUUUAGGAAAUCCUGUUCAGUUAAUAAUUACAAUGUAAUUUUUUAUGUGAUUUAUAUAUAUAUCGGUAACAUAUAUCUUUUUUUUUUAUUUAAUAUGUGAUAAUUAUAUACAGUUGCUUUGAACAUAAAUCAAUGAAGAAUUAUACUUUUUGUGAAUGAACUUGGAAGAUAUUUUCAUAGUAAUUAGCAUAAGAUUGAAAAUUAUAUAUAAUUCAUCUGAUCACAAUUAAAUGACUUAAUUUGGAAGUGAAUAUAUUGUGAUCGCAUUUUGAGUAUGUAUUGAAACAUAUUUAUAACAAAUAAUACUGAUAAUAAUGAAAUACAUUAUAACCAGUACAAGUCUUUAUAGAAUAAAUCGGAGUAAUACCAGUAUAAUCUAUACAAAAAGAC